CCAAAAAACCACGAGGGAAACCGCGCAGCAGGCAGAUGUGGGUUGGUGGUCGUGCGUGUACGCUGCAUCUGAGCGGACUUCGCGACGUUCGUGGGACAACGUGCAGCGAGUGAAAGCGUGUCCGAACGUUUCGGCCGACUCCAUAGCCGUCGUGCGGACCUUCCCGAACUCUGCGAUGGCUCUCUGCCUGCGUGCGGACCACGACAGGGACGUCAGUCUCGCCGCCGAAUGCCUCGUGGCUAUGUCGAACGCCAGGCCGCGAGACCCGUACUCGGACUCCGAUCGCCGUAGUCCGGUGUCUCUAAGCACGACCGACGGCAGCGACUUCGUCCGCGAAGAGCAGGCCGCGGACCUCCCGGACUCGUCGGUCUACAUGAUCGCUCGGAUACUGGCCGACUUGACUCGAAUCCCGCAGGAACCGGUGAGCUCGGACGCGCGGCCCGUGGUCGCGGCCGUUAGGCCUAAGGCGCGCGCCGCUUCGAACAAAGCGGCGCCGGCAACUCCCACAGCCACACCCGGCGUCCGCGCACCGUCCGUGCUCAAGAAAGUCCACACCUGCACCUUUGACGGAUGCGACAAAGUCUACGGCAAGAGCUCACACCUCAAGGCACACCUCAGGACGCAUACGGGCGAGCGACCCUUCCCCUGCACCUGGGCGUUGUGCGGCAAGCGCUUUGCCCGCUCGGACGAACUGGCCCGCCACUACCGGACGCACACCGGCGAGAAGAAGUUCAGCUGUCCGCUCUGCACCAAGCGCUUCAUGCGCUCGGACCACCUCACAAAGCACGCCAGGCGGCACCCGGACUUCAGGCCCACCAUGCUCGGAGCGGGCCGCCGCUGCCACCGUGCGGCAGACUCUCUUGGAGACAGUUCAGACCACUCGUUGCCCUCCUCGCCCUAGAAGCGGUUCUCCACCCCCUUUUGCCUUCCACCGCCGGACGACCGGACUUCGACGUUGCGCUCGUUUCGGCGACGGGAGUUGGGUGUAAAGGAGCCGCUGUUCGCGGUCAGAACUCGCGGUGUCGUUGUGUGGAACACUCAGUGUCGAAGGUUUGCUGUGGGGCGCCUGUGAUCUACCCAGAAGGAUCCGCACACCUUGGGACUUGAUUGAACGGUCUACAAUGGAUCACUUACCCAAGCACGCGUUUGAUCCGUCGUCCAUUGAUCCGGCGACUGAGAUGGGUGUCGCGCGUUCGGCGAGCCGAAUUCGACGCGCGGAAGUCGGGCCUCGGAACACUGGCGCCUUCUGCUUCGGGGCCCAGGACACUCGCCGAAGACUUUCGUUUCGGCGUCGGACUCGUCGGCAAGGUGUCAACGUGCUGGUCACAUCUCGGCAUUGGAGGAACCUGCAAGACGUUGUUGGUCGGAGCGCACCAGCGGUCAGAUGUGGCCGGAACGGAUGGCACUUGUUUCAAUGUGGGCAUUGUCUGUGCUGUCCUGUGGUAACCGUAAACCUGUUCUUUUUUUGUUUGUGUGUGUGUGUGUUUGUUUUGCAAGGAAAACCUCGAUGGAGGUUGACCUUUGUUUUUACGGCAUAGUUUGUUAUUUCUAGUUUUACCUGUAGAGUUCUGUUUGCUCACCAUUGGUUCAUAUUUUCAAGACCGUUUAAGAUUUUGUUUCUUUAAUAUAUCUCACCUUUUCUUUUUUUUUCGUGUUACUUGCUGAAAAGUUAGGUUCUCCAACGAUCUGCUUUGUACCAGGCGUUUUCACUCGUCUUAUUAUCCCCAUCCUUUUUUAUGUGCUUCAACUUUACCUUUUUCGAGUAAACACACAUCUUUUACUUUUUUCUGUUUUAGACCUUACCAUCUCUUUCUACGCACAUUCUGACUGGGCAGUGGCGUAGUUUUGCUAGGGAGCUGAGGUGGCUGGGACGUCCAUGAAUUAGGGAGGGGAAAGAGGGGGUCAAAGUGCAUGUGUAUAUAUUAUAGUGUACACUGGAUUUCGGGGGAAGGGGGGGGGGGGGGGGUGCGGAAGCCCCGUAAGCCUCAUAAGUCUACCCCCUGGAUAUGCCACUGUGACUGCGUAACAAGAGACGCUCCAGAUGUAUUGGUGGUUUGCUCAUAAUUUACUCCCUCUACUUCUUGUACUACCUGAACAUCCCAUUGCCUAAGUCCAAUCAAACCAAUCUACAAAAGAAAAAAAGGUAAUGUUUGGCAUUUGAAUAACCACGAUUCAAUCAGAUGUUUGCUCAAAACAACCGUUUCCAUUCUUUUCACCAACGGUACGUCAUCCCAUUCUCAAGAUCUCGCCAGAGGUGUGUUCGGACAUCAUUUGCUAAAUGCAAUCCAAAAUCUGACAUUUUCUCGGUAAUUUCUCUUGUCCUUACAACAUGAAAUCCUCAAAACAAAAUCAACCUUCUCUUUUUCUUGCACCGUGAGCUUCUUCACGGUUCAUCUGAUUGGCAAAAACUUGUCCCUUUGAUCACAUCUGUGUCCCCCUUCCUGUAAAGUGAAUGUAUCCGUCUAGUAGUGCCUUGUGGUGCCUUGAAUGGGCUGAAGAGUGUGUUCAGGCUCAAGUACUGGGGAAGUCUUUGUUGUAGGUUUUUUUUUUCUUCUGGGGUUUGUUUUUGUGUUGACGUACCUUGUACCUGCAAUCCUUUCUUACCUCAUAUCUCAACCAACCAAAUCCACGGGGACCCCCAAAUGUCUUCCGGCACCUCCCACGAGCGGACGUGGGCCAGUUCUAGUUGCGUUUUCCUCCCCCGUCAUUUUGUGUUGAUGAGAGCUUGUCGAAGGCAUUUCCUGGCAUGAUUGAGCUGAUCUUGCUUCUAGCUUUGUAGCAUUCCUGAUUGCCCGUUUAGCAGGAAUGGAAGCGGUGUCUAUGCUUUGUCUGCACACAGCUACGGCUGCGCUUAUAUUGAGGUUGCUUGCGUUAGCUAAAGUUAGCUUUGCGGGUAAGCUGAGAGUCAGUUUUGCGCUUAGCAGAUUUCGUCUAGGGUUUUCUGCCAGAGCUUAGAAGCUGGAUCGUGUAUACUACAUACCAGUGAGCUUCAGUGACUGGUGCAUCGAGGGGCACCCCUGUAUUUAACUUAUUCAACUGUAUUUAAAAGCACAAUAGUUAGGUUUAUUGCUGUUGCAUUUUUGUCUUUGUUGACAUAUGCUAUCUUCUGUGUGCAUGUAAAGAUUUUGUGGCUGACGAGUGCUAAUAAAGCUAAAAGCUGACAAAAUGGAAAUACUCUGGGGUAAUAUUAGUCAUAGCACUUAAUUGAAUGACUCAAUUCGAUAAUUCUUCACUUUCAAAUGUUUUUUUUAAUCCUUUUUUACUUGCUGGAGUAUGGCAAGGUUGUUUUGAAUGAUUGCAUUGUUUAUUGCUUUUAAUGAGUUGAGGAUGCUAGUUUUAUCUCCAUUGAUUUGUUUUGUUCCUUGUAUAUAGUGUACAAUAUUAAUUAUACAAAUGUGUUGCAUGAAAUGAUUGUGUUUUGUUAUAUUUGUUCUGCUCCGACAAAAGGCUCUCGCAUUGCUUUCGUUUUUGCACCAACGCGAUAAAAAAGAGUAUUGAUGUAAUGGCAAGCCUGUACUUACAUACACCACUAUAUUUGUAUAUAUCUAUCAUAUGAACACACUAACUACUGAUCCCAUAGAUUCCCUUCCUAUAAGAUGGUAAUCCAGCGGUGUGUUCUGGAGGGCACCUAAUUUAUAUGCCAAAAAUAAAAAGUUGUUGGAUGCAA